AUGGAUUCAAGUGGUGAACUGCGUUUCGUUGGAAGAGUAGAUUAUCAAAUAAAACUUCGUGGACAACGUAUUGAAACUGGAGAAAUUGAGCAUGUAUUGUUGAAUUUUUCGAAUGCGGUUGUUAAUGUUUGUGUUGUGAAGUUUAGUGAUGGCUUGAAGGGGGAUAUUUUGCAUGCAUUCAUUCAGGCUAACAUUGAUUUUGGUUCAGAUGGUUUGGGGCAUCGCAAGGAGGCAUUGAAGAGUGAGCUUAUUAGUUGUUGCCGGUUGAGCCUGCCGCUAUAUAUGGUGCCUACUGCUUGGACGUUUGUGAGCUUUUUUCCACUGAAUGCCAAUGGAAAAGUUGAUAGAAAGGCUCUUCAGCAAGUAGCUCCUGUGGACGUCGUUGGUGUUUCCAAGUCUGGAGCUUGUUACAUUCCUCGGACGAGAUUGGAAGAAGAUAUUCGGGCUAUAUUUGUUGAAGGCUUUCGCCUGGUGGAUGAUGAAAAUGUCGAUUUAACGGCUUCGUUCGGUGAAUUGGGUGGUACCUCACUAGGUGCGAUGAGAGCAGUAAUAUUAGUACGUCAAAAGGUGUAUUCAGGUAUGGACGUUGGGUUGUUGUUUUCUUACCCAUCAGUUCGACUUUUAUCUGAAGUGAUUAAACGUAUGAUGGAAGAUGACAACGGUCAGAAAGUUAGCCAACUGCAGAAGAAUCAAUUAAUAAUACCUGAUGUCGAUUCAGAUGUUAAGCCUUCGAUACUUUUAGAGACAUUAGGAAUUAUUUUCUUGUUAUUUUAUUAUUUAUCGCCGUUGUGGACCACGAACUUAAUUCUUCGUGCGUUGAAAAUAAAUAAUAUAUUGAUGUGGAUUAGCUUCUAUAUUCUGUUAAUACCAACGAAGCAAUUACUUACGUACAUUAUCAUGAAACGACUAUUAUUUCCGAAUGGAAUGAGAGCUGGCAAAUACGAAUUAUAUUCUUGGGAUUAUUAUCGUUGGUGGAUCCUUAAUCGUGUCUGGAUUCUAAAUUCCACGUAUCUAAAAGUCUUUUUAGGUACUCAGUUUUACAACAUGUAUUUACAAUUAUGCGGUGCAAAAGUGGGCCAGAAAGAUGUUCAUAUUUAUACCACUCAUAUUGAUGUACCUGAUUUGUUGAAGAUACAGAAUUCAUCUGUUAUAUCUCAAGAUGUCAUAUUAAAUAGUUUGUCUCACAACGGUACCACUUAUGAACUGAACUAUAUCAGAAUUGGUGACGUUGAACAGGGGAUUUAUAAUUUGAAUUCGUGGUAUUAUCUGCGUAAAAUAUGGUUUAGGCAAUUGGUUGUGUCGAAUUUCAGUCUUUCGUUCCAUAUAUUGGGUCCUUGUCAUUCGUGCUAUCCAUUAAUACUUAAAUGGCUUGGUGCACAAAUAGAGGACGAUGAUGAUAUAAAGAUAGCUCAGUUUAACGGAUUUUUACAAUCACCAUCAAAUUUAUUAACUAUAGGGAGUGGCAUGACAACAUUUGAUGAGGUAUUAUUAAUCACAAACAAAACUGUUAAAGGACAAUGUGUUGUAGAAAAGCUUGCCAUAGGAAAUAAUGUUCAAAUGGGAAAUAAUUGUCUUAUUUAUGGUGGUACUACUAUACCACCUUACUCUGUUGUUGGCAGUAUGACAUGUGUUACGCAAGAAGAUGGAAUGUUUGAACCAAAAGACAUAAUAUUGGGUGUACCAGCACGUAAAAUGCCAUUCCAUAUGUCUCCAACAUCACUCGCAGCUGAUGGCAUUAAUAAAACAAAGAUUAGUUUGACUUGUUCGUACUGGCAAAAAAUAACAGCUGAGUUACUUGCCAAAUCGAUACUUGUCCUCUUCGUGUUGGUCAUUAAAUCACUGAAUAUCAAUAUGUGCUUCUCAUGUUUGUUGCUAUUGGUUAUUUACUCAGCACUUCUAUGUUUGUUGUGGAGUUCGCUGUAUGAAAAACGUCAAUCUGAACCACAACCCAAGGCAAAUACAUUAGGAUGGCAUUAUAUUAUGAGUGGAGUGAUACGUAGAGACUAUACCUUAUUUGUCAGCCCGUUGUUAGGCGGUACACAGUGGUUAAUUUAUCUAUUACGUGGUUUGGGAGCAAAAAUAAUUGGUAAUGAUGUUCUCAUAACAGAUUUUCAAAAUGUGCUUGAUUAUCCAUUUAUUACAAUAUUUAACCAUGUUCGAAUAAGUACAAGGGCUAUUAUUCAAUGUCACACCUACGAACAGCGAAUACUGAAACUGAUGCCAACAACAGUCGGUCCAUAUUCGAUAUUAAGAAGCAUGUCAAUGGUGUUUCCUGGCUGUCAAUUAAAAGGCGGUAAUAUCAUUAAUCCAUGCACUUUAAUACUGAAAGAUGAUCAACUGCCGGAAAACACAGAAUGGUUAGGAUGCCCACCGAAAAUGAUAGCACAUUAG